UGUGGCGUGGCCAGUCUCCGCCUUAGGAUCAUCCGCACCAUCAUCUUUGGCAUCAUUGCGAGGUGCCAUGAUGACGACGUAGAUGAGGGUGGUCUGUGUAGGAGUUGUGACACGCUUUGCGGCGUUCAAUCGCAGAGAUUCGAAUUGCGUCGUUGGAGAGAGGCAGAUUGCGACCAAGGCACGCUGACCCUGAAUUUACUACGAAAAUGAUACUUCACGCACACUAUCAAGUAUAACGUUAAGCCGAGCUUUUGUGCGACGAGGAGGAUGACGGCCAGAUAGUUAAAUAUGCCGGGACUGGACUACUCGCAGGUCUCCAACAAUUGGAAGAAAUUACAAGCGCAACUGAAGAGCGAAAGGAAACCGGAGGCGCAAAGCAAUGGCUUGAAGCGUAGAAGGCAGGAAGAGCAACAGCGACCCAUCAGCCAGAUCAAGAAGUUCAAACCCGACUAUGCGCCAGUAGUGAAGCCGCAGAGAUCGAGGAAGAUGGGUCUCGAGCAGUCCAAGCCCACCGCCAACGGCCACCAAGUCAGCAACCAUGAGACUCUGGUCAAGCAGCAUGGCAUAUCAGCAUCCGACGUUUCCGCAGCCUACAACUCCACCGCUGGCAACAGCAUCAAGCGCAGCGACGAUGACAUCAACGGCGGCAUCCACCCAACACACAAAGUCGGAAAAUACAUUGCCGUAGACUGCGAGAUGGUCGGCACCGGUCCACCACCUCACGACGACAACGUCUUAGCUCGCGUUUCCCUUGUCAACUACCACGGAGAGCAGAUCUAUGACUCGUAUGUCCUCCCGCCAUCCGGUGUGGUAGUCGAGGACUUUCGUACUCACGUGUCUGGGAUCAAACCAAGCCAUCUCACGCGAGACUGCGCUCGUCCGUUCGUGGAGGUGCAAGCCGAUGUCGCGAAACUACUAGACGAUCGGAUGUUAGUUGGCCACUCCGUCCAGAACGACCUACGAGUCCUGCUGCUGUCCCAUCCCAAGCGUGAUUUGCGGGACACAAGUCGCCAUGCCAAGUUCCGCGAGGCGAGUAUGGGCCGCACGCCAGCGCUGAGAGACUUGGUCAAGCGGGAGCUCGGUCUUAGCAUACAAACUGGUGAACACAGCUCCAUCGAGGAUGCGCGGGCGGCGAUGCUGUUGUUUCGGAAGGAAAAGCAGGGGUUUGAAGAGGAAAACAGGAAGAAGUUUGGUGUGAGGAGGGUGGUGAAGGGGCAGAAAGGAGAAGCGAAGGUGCAUUCUGCGACGGCGGUGGAGGGAGACGAUGCAGACUCACCGGACGCAUCCGACGACGAAGACGACAGUGAGCUGCUCGAUGGCGAAGAUGACGAGCUUGCACUGGACGGGGAGGAGGAUGGCGGGCUGGGUGCCGCGGGCAAGCCUAAGCCUAAACGUAGGCGGAAGAAGAAGAAACGUACGAAGCGACAUUAGCAGCUCAACCACAUAGCCAUUCUACUUCUAUAGCCAUAGCUGUAUUAUUCGUGCGAACGCUGUCCGCUAAUGGAGCAUAGGGUGCGGUGCACCGUGAGCGAGUAGCACGAAAUAGUGGAACGACGACGUGACAACCAGU